CUAAGCUGCUGUUGUUACUUGUGGCUAAGUCCUGGAAAAACCCUCAGAUAAACGGGAACAAUGGAAUCCUCAUCUUUAUCGCCGGCGCCGUCGUCCUCUAUCCAUCUUGCUCUGGCAGCCCUAUUCGGAGCCUCCGUCAUGGCUGUCUCCGCCUUUUUCCUCCACAAGCGUACCGUUGAUCAAGUCCUCGAUCGACUUGUCAAAAUCCGCCACCAGCGCCGUUCGGUUGCUAACCGUCAUUCUCUUAUUCCCAAGGACGAUAAUGGAGAAUGUGAAAAUUUUGGAUCUGGAAGGGGGACUGAUAUUGACAAGGAGGAUAGCAUGCGGCGUGAUGAUUAUGCUGGCUCAUUGGAUGAGGAGGUGCUUGAUUCUUAUAAAGUUUCGCCUUCAUUGCCAAAUGUGAAUACUGAUCAAUCUAUUCAAAUGAACAAUCAAGAAGCCUCAUUUUCUAUGGAUAAUCUCGACGUGAUUGCUUCUGGCUUGCCUCCACUUCAAAUGACUCGAAAAGAUGGAAACGUCCAACAUGUUAGUUCUGGUUCUCAGAUUCGGGUGGGAUCUGUUGGUAGGUUGAUGACACCUAAAUCCUCAGGUGGCUUUGCAAUUGGAAGUACUGGAGAUUCUGAUGAUGAAGGAACAGAGGUUAUGACUGGUGAAGAUGUCAGCUUCAUGCUUGAUGAUACGGAUUUAACUGAAUAUAAUAUAGGGGAAAAUGUAAACAUUGACGAUACUUCUGUUUCCAUUGAAGUUGACAACACCAACUAUUUUCUAGAUCAGACUGUUGGACAGGUUGCAAAUGAGAAAAGUCAUAUGGUUCAACAUAGCAAGGUGAAUCCAGCUUCAACACUCAUUGAGGGGAAUGAUCCUACUUGUGCCACCACUAUGUCACCGCUAAUGGUCUCUAUACCUGAGUCAAGGAACAAAGAAGAGGAUGACGUAUGGAAGAUGAUUCGUGAAUGUCUGGAUUUGCGCGAGACCUAUGUUUAUAGGGAACAAGUUGCUCCAUGGUUGAAAGAAGAUAUUGACAAAUCACAUUCAUCAGAGACAACCGAUCCCCUUGUUUUUGUCCCUGUUGAAAAGACUUCCCACUACUUCAGGAUGGAAGAUGGUGUUUUUCGUAUUUAUGCCAGUGAAAAUGAUACCGUAGAUCUUUACCCUGUUGCAAGUUCAACAACCUUUUUCACCGAUAUGCAUUAUCUCCUUAAAGUGAUGUCCAUUGGAAACAUUCGAACAGCUUGUCAUCAUCGACUACGUUUUCUAGAGGAGAAGUUUCGCCUCCAUCUAUUGGUUAAUGCGGACAGGGAGUUUCUAGCUCAGAAAAGUGCACCACACCGUGACUUUUACAAUAUCAGAAAGGUUGAUACCCAUGUUCAUCAUUCAGCUUGCAUGAACCAAAAACAUCUAUUGCGUUUCAUCAAGUCAAAACUAAGAAAAGAACCAGAUGAGGUUGUAAUCUUCCGUGAUGGAAUAUAUUUUACACUAAAGGAAGUUUUUGAGAGUCUGCAAUUAACUGGCUAUGAUCUUAAUGUUGAUUUAUUGGACGUACAUGCCGAUAAGAGUACUUUCCAUAGAUUUGAUAAAUUCAAUCUCAAGUACAACCCUUGUGGGCAGAGCAGACUUAGAGAGAUAUUUAUGAAGCAGGACAAUCUCAUUCAAGGCCGUUUUCUGGCAGAAGUGACAAAGCAGGUUUUGUUGGACCUUGAAGCAAGCAAAUAUCAGCUGGCAGAGUAUAGAAUCUCCAUAUAUGGGAGGAAGGAAAGUGAAUGGGAUCAGCUGGCAAGUUGGUUUGUGAACAAUGAACUUUACAGUGCGAAUGCAGUCUGGUUAAUCCAGCUGCCUCGAUUGUACAAUGUGUACAAAGGCAUGGGAACAGUCACAUCAUUCCAGAAUAUUUUGGACAAUGUAUUCCUUCCCCUUUUUGAAGUCACAGUUGAUCCAAAUACCCAUCCACAACUGCAUGUCUUCUUGAUGCAGGUUGUUGGUUUUGACUUAGUUGACGAUGAAAGUAAACCGGAAAGACGUCCAACCAAGCACAUGCCAAAGCCAGCUGAAUGGACAAACGAAUUCAAUCCUGCAUACUCUUACUAUGCUUAUUAUAUCUAUGCAAAUUUGUACACUCUAAAUAAGCUUCGUGAUGCUAAAGGAUUGAACACUAUAAGAUUGCGGCCUCACUGUGGAGAGGCAGGUGAUGUGGACCAUUUAGCUGCUGCUUUCCUCCUUUCCCAUAACAUAUCUCAUGGUAUCAAUUUGAGGAAAACCCCUGUGCUGCAAUACUUGUACUACCUUGCUCAGAUUGGCCUGGCCAUGUCUCCUCUGAGCAAUAAUUCUCUUUUUCUGGACUAUCACCGCAAUCCAUUUCCAAUGUUCUUCCAGAGAGGAUUAAAUGUUUCACUUUCAACAGACGAUCCACUGCAAAUCCAUUUAACAAAAGAGCCGCUUGUUGAAGAAUAUAGUGUUGCAGCAAAGGUAUGGAAGCUCACAUCCUGUGACCUUUGUGAGAUUGCGAGAAAUUCUGUCUAUCAAUCAGGAUUCACUCACGCUGAUAAGGCACAUUGGCUAGGUAAUCAGUGUCACAAGAGGGGCCCUGAAGGGAAUGACAUUCAUAAGACAAACGUCCCAGACAUGAGAAUUCGUUUCCGACAUGAGACAUGGAGAGAUGAAAUGCAGUAUAUCUGUUCUGGUGAAGCGCAACUUCAAGAAGAAAUAGAAUUCUGAUGAAA